AUGACGCAGACCGCCAGCCGCUCGUUAGCGGUCCCUCUCCAGCGGCCUCGCAUCGGCAUUCACGCACCUGAAAAGCAAAGCCCGGCACACGCGACCAUCAGGCCACUCGCAAAGGCUGCGACGAAAGAGCUGUGCGACACGUUUGAAGCUUACCAAGCCGUCGCAUAUGUGCGUCCCACCAUGCGCACGUCCAUGAACGACGACGAGGCCAACGCCGCCGGCUGGGAGGCCGUCCGCGGCGCCGUCUACGGCGCAACAAAAUACGGCGUGGCCAUGGCCUUGUUGGGAGGCAUUGGUCAGGCCAUGUCGCCCAUCUACCGGGGACUGACGAUCCAGUUCAAAGUAUACAUACAAAUGUCCGGCAUGGUGCUCGGCAGCAUGCUCGAGGCCGACAGCCGACUCCGAAUGUACGAAGCCAAUGUGCGGCAGCAGCGACGGAUUGCACGGCACAAUGCUCGAUUGCGGGCGCUGGAAGAGGAGGACGACGAGAAGUAG